UAACUUCUUCAAAUAUCUAAUACUUCAUUUAUUUUUUUCCCUAUAUAUUCAAUAUUACAAAAAUAUAACAUCACACUUAUUCAUAAGACAAAUAAUUUCAUUUUUUUAUUUUUCAUACUCUCAUUAUAUGAUGCUUAACUUCUUCAAAUAUCUAAUACUUCAUUUAUUUUUUCCCUAUUCAAUAUUACAAAAAGGAAAAUGAUAUACAUAGCCCUUAGGGCCAUGUAUAAGGUGCUUAAAAUGGAAAUAAAAUAUCAAAUCAAGCAUUUAUUACCUCAAUUGAUGUGAAAAUGUGUAUUGAAUUCUUAAAUUGUUUCCAUUUAAAAAAAUGUAUUUAAUGCUUAUAUGUAGCCCUAAGGGUUACAUAUAUCAUUACCCUUACAAAAAUAUAACAUCACACUUAUUCAUAAGACACAUAAAACAAUUAAUAAGAUUAGAAGAAAAAAAACAACCAUUUUGAUAAAUAAGAUUGAAAAAAAAAAACAGUCCAACUUGGGCCGGGCCGCGCCUAAAAAAAUUGCCUAUUAAUCUGGCCGGGCCAAAAUUUUGUGCCGAAAACCCGCUAUUUCGGAUCAAAAUGACGGGCUUUCAGCCACAUUUCAUUUUUUAUUUUUCAUACUCUGAUUAUAUGAUGCUUAACUUCUUCAAAUAUUUAAUACUUCAUUUAUUUUUUCCCUAUUCAAUAUUACAAAAAUAUAUCAUACUUAUUCACAAGGCAAAAACAAUUAAUAAGAUUAGAAAAAAAAAACAGCCAUUUUGAUAAAUAAGAUUGAAAAAAAAGGCGGCAAAAUGUGCAACAGUCCAACUUGGGCCGGGCCACGCCUAAAAAAUUAUCUAUUGAUCGGGCCGGGCCAAAAUUUUGUACCCAAAAUCCGGUAUUUCGGGUCAAAAUGAAGGACUUUUUGGGCCAAAAUAGACUGAAAAGUCAUUUUUGCCUUGCCCAAAGCAAAAGAUUAUGCCCAACCCCCAUCCAAAAAGCAGGCUGGGCCGAACCAAAAUAAUCAGCUAUAAGUCCAAGUGUCCGAAAGCAAAGAACACUUGUUUCAUGAUUCACUAUGGUGAGUAGAGAGAGAAUACACCAAAGUUCCCUAAUAAGUAUUACAAAUGCAAACAAGAAAAAAAAAAAUCAAAUAAUCAAUCAAAGCCAACAAUAAUUACCCACGAUUGCAAAACCAAAAUGCAAUUCUUCAAAAUCAAAAUGCAACUUCGGAUUAUAGCAUUGUGCAAGCAAUAAUUGCGUAUUUGAUGGUGAUAAAACUAAUAUUACAUAUUUUACGGGUGACAGCUGAUAGCCUGAUAUGGAGGAUUAUUGUUCGAAGAUAAUUACGGAAUUUACAAGAAGAAGAGAGAAAUCAGAGAAAUUGAAGAAGAAUUUUAAAGGUAAGUGAUGAAUUAUUAGACACUAGUACUUUUUUUUGUCGAAAAGAGAGCAAGAUUGGGCUCCAUAAUAUUUUUGGGCCCUUAAAAUUUGAAAUCAUAGCCUGUUUUUUAUUUUUCGAAAGGAGCCUGUUAAUUUUUUGGAAGAGCAUUAUAAUACCGUUUGUUUUUUUAACCAAUUGGAGUUGGCGUGAGUCGGCCCUUAAUCAAGAUCUCGAGUUCGAACGUGGAGAUUAGUCGGUGGGAAACUUGUGGAAGUAGGACAAAAAAAUAAUACCGUUUGUUUUUUUUAAAUUGAUCUAUAAAAUACAACUUUGUUUAGGAUUUUUCUAACCUAUAAGAAUACAACUUUAUGUAGGAUUUAGGAAGAGUAGAAAACCGUUUCAGAAAUAUGCAUUAAACAUUUUCUAUUUUAUCUUCUAUGUAGUAUUAUCUCUACCUAAGUUUAAACUAAUUAAGAUGGGUAGAUUAUCAUAAACAUAGUAGGAUAGGAGAAAGUCGUUGUUAUAAAUAAGAGGGAAAGGUAAAUGCAAAGUUAGAGAGAAAAACUCACGCUACUUCUGCUAAAACCAAAUCAACCAUCCCUUAAAUCGUCUUUGUUUAAUUUUGUAAGAAAGUUAGUAAGGAUGAUCUUCCACGAGAUACAUAGUUUUAGGGUAUGGAAUACCAUAUUCGACGUGGACGCAAAGUACGUACCAAUAAAACCACUAGGAAAGGGUGUUGUUUGUUCUUGUCUUGAUACAAAAACUACUGAAAAAGUUGCCAUCAAAAAAAUCAUUGAUGCGUUUGACGAUCCAACUAAUGCAGUAAGAAUACUAAGGGAAAUUACAAUUCUACGGAAGAUUCGCCAUCGGAAUAUUAUUGAGUUAAAGAACGUUUUGAUUAGUUCUCCUAAACAACUUUUUAAAGAUGUGUAUUUGGUUUAUGAGCUUAUGGAUACUGACCUUGAUCAGAUUAUUAAGUCACCUCAACCUCUUACCAAUGAUCAAUGCAAGUUAUUUUUUGUUCAGUUACUUCGAGGCCUAAAUCAUCUCCAUUCAGCUAACAUCCUCCACCGAGAUCUAAAGCCUGCAAAUAUCUUGGUAAAUGCAAACUAUGAUCUAAAGAUUUGUGAUUUCGGCCUAGCAAGAACGAGCAAAGGUGAAGGUAGAUCUAUGACUGAGUAUGUGGGAACCCGUGUGUACCAAGCACCCGAGCUACUUGUUUGUGGUGGCAACUACACUGCAUCAAUUGAUGUGUGGAGUGUUGGAUGUAUAUUUGCUGAAAUGUUGGGGCGCAAACCCAUCUUCCCUGGUCGAGAUAGUAUUAACCAAUUGAAACUCAUACUCAGCAUUCUUGGAACUCCUCAUCAUAAUUCUGAUAUGGACUUUAUUGAAGAUUUAAGAACAAUAAACUUCAUAAAAACACAACAUUAUUCAAGUGGAAUUCCAUUCGCGGCCUUAUAUCCUCGAGCCAAUCCUUUAGCGUUGGACUUGCUACAAAAAAUGCUUGUAUUCAACCCGAACAAGAGGAUUACCAUCUCUGAAGCACUUCAACACCCUUACCUCUCAGCGUUGUAUGAUCCUUCUCCUGAUCCUGCUCCAAAACCAUUGAAUAUUGAUAUUGAUCCAAAGAUCGGGGAGAUAAAAAUGAGAGAUAUAAUGUGGAGAGAGAUGUUGAUCUAUGAACCUGAAAUUGUUUUUCAGCAUUUGUAGAUAAAGUAUUGUUCUUUGUGAUUCAUAUAAAAAACAUUUAAGUUUUAUUCAAUAUUCAGUAUUUGUAUUUCAAAGAGUUGUGAUUAAUUUAUGUGUUAGACUUGUAUGCAGCAUAGCUCAUAUUUCUCUUCGAGAUGCUCUACAAACAAUUGGUUUAAUGUAAGAUGCAUUUAUUGAGCUAAUUGGUGCAUAGCAGAGCUUCAAUAU